CCCCCACCAUCAGAGAUGAGACAAACAAGAUGAGGGACGCUUAUUAUUAGUGUUUCACUGGCUUCUUUAAUAAUGCAUUCUGGAUCUCCAUACUCUGGUAUAUUAUACUUAAUUAUUAACGAUUUGAAAUUAGAAAAUCCUUUUAUCAACUUUAAGAAGGCAUGUUGAAGAAUAUCACACAUUAAGUAAACAAAAUUCUAACUGAACGGAAGCUAUAAUUAAGGUUAUGUGUAGCCAUACGUUAAUAACUUUGCUAUAAAAUACAAGCUUUUAGUAAGAGCAUUUUAAGUUUGAAUUAAAUUUGCAACGUAUGGCGAUGAUUAGUAUGGCAACAUGGCUAUGGGAACAAUCACAUAUCAAAAAUAAAAUACAAGAAUUUUUAAUAUUUGAGUAUGAAGAAUGCGAGAAUCAGAGUAAUGAGAAGAAGUGGCAUGAUAUAACAAAAUUAAUAUUAAAACAGAUAGACUCAUAUAUAUUACAUUCUAUAUUGAAGAUCGAAUUAACUCACAUAAUAAAAUCUAUAGGAGAGAAGAUAUUUAACUGGUAUGAGUAUAUUCGUAAGAAUAUUGAAUAUGGUAAAAAAGAAUCAGCAAUUAAUUAUAUUGAGAAAAUAUAUUGGACUCAUUAUGGAUCAAUAGAUGAGGUAAAGAUAUUAAAAUCAUUUUGGAUAGAUAACCCAAGACUAAAUAUUGCUACAGUUUAUGAUAUGGCAUGUGAGUAUGCUUUAGAAGAAAAUAUCCAUAGUUUAUGGGAACAAAUGCCAAGAAUGGUGCAAAAUAAAUGUCGUAAAAAUACAUAUACGGAAUAUAAGAGUCUUAUAUUAGCAUAUUGGCGAUGUUGUAGGGAUGGAAAUUUAUCGCUAUUUAUUAGAUAUCUUGAAACAGCAGUACAUUCAGGAGGGACAUAUAUGUAUAAUCAUUUAUAUAAUAGAUAUCAUUCGGUAGAAGAGAAUAUGUUUAGAUGGUCAGUCUAUGGAGGAUAUAGCAAGGCUGUAGAAUAUUUUUGGGAUAAGUUAAAUGAGGAAGAAAGAAACAGAAAUGUAGCUAGUGGUAUACAAAUAUCUGUUACUAGCCAUAUUUCUGAUUAUACAACCAUGGGGGAAUCUUGUCAUAGACAAGAAAAGUAUGUAGAAAUAUGUAUAUUUCUUAUAAAUCAAGUGAGAACAGAUAAUAAGAGAAAGACUAUAGCUCGUAUUGUAUAUGAUUCAUUUGAGGAUGAUAUAUAUGUAUGUAGCAUUUUAAGAAUGAUAUCACCCAUGUGGCCAUGGCAAGAUUUUCUUGGACAAAUAUUAGACGAAUUAGAGGCAGCUUUGAAAGCGCAAAAUAAUGGCUAUACAGGUUUAAAUUUGUUAUAUGUGAUUAUAUCUUGCAUGAAAAGAGAUUAUAAUUUAGGGUAUGUAAUAGAAAAUAGUAAGUAUGGAAUGAUACUACAUGAAGUAUGGCAUAAAAUCCCUGCAUGCUUAAAAUCAAAGAUAGCUGAGACAGAUCCAUAUUUAGAUCUCAUACAGGAUUUAUUAGGGAUUUGGCACUUAUCAAGCAUAAAGUUAAUAAUUAAUGCUCCGGAGAUGACACAAUGGAGAAAAAAAUUAUUAGAAUCUGGAUAUAUAAUAUGUAUAAGGAUAGGAAAGCUAAUAAGGCUAGGACAAUAUGAAUUAUUAAAUCAAUUCACAGAGGAAGUAUUAGUUUUUGAAAAAGAGAAGAAGCUUUUUAAACAAGCCAUUAAUAUAUGGGAUUAUUUCAUAAAUAUAGACGAAUAUGAUUUGGCAGAUAAAUUAUUAGAUUGGCAAUCUGAUUCCAUAGAAGAGAAGGAAGAGCUUAAGAGUAAGAUAAAUCAUGUAGGGCUUUGUCUAAAUUUUAUAAAAGCUGAUAAAUACGAAUUAGCAGAUAAGUUGCUAGAUUGGAAAUUUUCUACAAAAAAAGCAAUACAAAUUUGUAAGGAUAAUUUUACAGACGAUGAAUCUUCAUAUAAUUAUAUUUAUACACUAUGGGCAGUAGAAAAAGAACAUAUAGAAAUAGCACGAAAGAAAUCUCAUAAGUUUUUAUACUGGUUUUUACACUCAGAAGAAGAGAUAGUAUGGUUUAAGAGACAGAAGUUAGUAAAUGACCGAUUAGAAGAAAGACUUUGCGAGUUCUUUAUAAAAGAUAAUUAUUUUGAAACAAUUGAGUAUUUUUUAGAUUGGUGUUUAUUAUCAAAAAAGGAAAUACAAAAGUUAAAGCAAGUACUAGUAAAUAGGAAUAUGUUUAAAAAAUGUAACUGCAAUAUGAUGUGGAAUUAUAUAGAUAUAGCAGAGAAAUUUAUUAAAUGGGCUUUCGAUGAAGAGGCAGAAAGGACAAAGUUUAUUAGACAAUUUAUGUUAUCAAAUGAGGGUAUAGUGUGUUGUGCUGGUUUUAUAGCAGGGGGAGGUGAAAGCAUAACUGGCAACGAUAUACCAACAUUCCACGAAACAAUUAUUAGAUUUAAUAACUUUAUCGAUUUUUGGAUCAAACCUCUAAAGAACCUUGAUGAAAUGAAAGAUAAAUUAAAAGACUAUAUAUGUUGCUAUGGUACAGAUAAAAAUAUGGGAAAAUAUGAAAUAUUUAUGCAUUUAUUAGACAAUGUAGAUCUAACUAAUGAGGGGAUAGACUAGUAAUAUGAAUAUAUAAUUAUCAAAUUGUUAAGUAGUAUUAGGUGGUACAUAUAUCACAGACUAAUAAGCCAGAAGUAAUAGAGUUACUAAUAAGCGAGCCUAUUAAUAAUCAAUGAAUUAAUAUUUUUAAUUAUUACACGGUGGAAGUAAUUUGAUACAGAACAAUGUCAAGGUACUGUGGAGAGCAAUGUGCUUUAUUAUCAGAAUAAACAUCAACUAUACAUUCUCCAUUAAAGUCACGAUUUUUCUUAAAUUUCUUCCUUAAUGCAGUGAUCUUUAAAUUAAGUAUGGAAUAUAUAUUUUUAAUAGAAAUAUGACACUGCUAAAACGCUGGUAUUUAAAACUACAAAAUGGAAAUUAUAAUUAAUAAAGAAAUACUAUCAAAGAAUGGUAAUAUAUUUAUAGAAUUGUGUAUUUUAUAAUUCGUAUAUAUAUGGAAAAUAUUCUAUUACUUCCACAAACAUUAUUUUUCCUUUUAAUGUUAGAUUUAAGAGGCACGAAAAGAAAUCUCAGUAUGCAAUUGUUUAAAAAAAUCUCAGCUAUAUUAUUUCUUAAGACUUAUAAGAUAACUGAUUUUUUCUGACGAAGAAAACGAAUCUUGUUUACACGUAGUAUUUACUGUAGCGAAUAAAUAGGAAAUAGAAAAUAGAUGCAAAGGCACGCAGCGUGUUUAAACCAUAACGAAUCUAAAAGAUAGAGACAUGACUCACUGAUAAUACAGAUUUUAUGCAGCCUCCGCAUUUCUUCCUUGUAAAUUGCAACACGACCUUACUCUACCGUGUUUCACCUCAGGAAUAACCACUUACAAUGACAUCUUGAAAGGUACGAUUGUAUUUCAUAGCGACAGUCAAUGACUGUGAAUUCAUUUUGUAAGUCAGUGGUAGGAAGAAGGAAAUGAGAUGUUUCAGGAAAUCACGAGAAUAUAAAUAAUGAAUGGAAUGCAGUACGCAUUGUGCUCAGUAUUCUUGUUUGGUGUAAAUGUUAGACUCGGACUUAUAAAAUGUAAAAGUUUGAUGGUUGAAAGGAAGAGACUGUAGAUUCGGGAACACGUGCAGAAUAUUUUAUAGUAUUUUAUAACAUGUAUUCAAUGGACUACGUGCAGCUUCUAGCAGUUUUAGACUCCCAUUUUUCAGUAAUUCAAAGUCACUUCUAUUGUUAAUACUUUUAUUUUAUAUAUAUUUUUCAAAGAAAUCUAUUUUUUAAUAAAUAUUCAAAAUAUGUAUGCUA